UUUCCGUGCAAUGCACGGAAGUGUAAGACAGCUUUAGGUGGCAUGCGCCGCUAUCAGGAUACAAGGGAUAAGUCUUUGACGACUAAUCUGAAGCGCCAUGCCAUUGGAUGCUUUGGCGAGGAUGCUGUCAACAAUGCCAUGAAGGGUAAGGAUGUUAGCACUACUAAUAGUGGCUCCGUCUAUGCAGCAUUUGCACGCCAAGGCCAACAGCCCGUUCAUUACCCUCAUCGGACACAUACAAACCCGGAAGUUUGGUAA